AUGAGUUCGUGGAAUUAUGGAGGAUCUUCUUCGUCUAAUCCAAUUGAUGACGAACCUAUCAUUCCAGACAUUGUCGAAGACUUUAGUUCCGAUGAUUUUGAGGAAGACAAUGCAGACAAUCAAGAAAUUGUCCCAAUUCCUCCUAUGGAUUACAAUCCCUAUGGGGAAGUCCAACUAGAAGAAGCCAUGCAAUUCGAUUCUAAAGAAGCAACGGUGUCUGCCAUCAAACAUUAUCACAUCACUAAUGGAUACAGCUUCAAUGUGGUAGAAUCAAAACCGCAUCUUUAUGUUGCACGAUGCAUCCAUUACAACAAUGGAUGUCAAUGGCGUCUGAGGGCCAGUUAUAGUAAAAUCCGACAUCAUUGGGAAAUCAAGUCCAUUGAUGGUACACAUACGUGUUUCUCUACAGUAAUGUCACAAGAUCACUGCAACCUAGAUUCCACCCAAAUUGCUUCAAUUGUUUUUCAUUUGGUCCGCACAAAUCCAAGCAUUCGCAUCAAAAGCUUGGUCGCUGACAUCAAAAGUCGUUACGAAUACACAGUCACAUAUAGAAGAGCAUGGAUUGCGAAGGAGAAAGCAAUAACAAUGGAGUAUGGUGAUUGGGACCAAUCUUAUAAUGAAGUUCCCAGAUGGUUACUAGCUGCCCAGCAAACCAAUCCUGGGACAAUUUUUCAACUUUCCGGUCCUCCAGUUAAUUUUGAUGCUGAGGAUGGAAGUUCCACAUACAUUAUGGAAUGUUGCUUCUGGGCAUUUGGACCUUGCAUUGAAGGUUUUAAGUAUUGUAAACCUGUUGUUCAAGUGGAUGGAACCUUUUUAACAGGCAGAUAUCAUGCCACCUUGCUUACUGCAAUUGCUCAGGAUGGAAAUAGAAACAUAUUUCCUUUGGCAUUUGCAAUAGUAGAAGGUGAGACAAAGGAGGCAUUGAUUUGGUUUUUUCAACUACUGCGAGAGCAUGUAACUCCUCAGCCAAAUCUCUGCCUAAUUACUGAUAGAGGCAAGGGAAUUUUGUCAGCCCUACGAUCGGAAGAAGUUGACUGGGAAUCAGACAAUCUUCACUCUGUCUACUGCAUACGUCAUCUGGGUUCCAACUUCAACAAUCGCUUCAAAAAUGUCGAUCUCAAGAAACAAUUCAUUAACUUGGCUUAUGAAGUCAAACAACCUAUCGUGCAACCAAAACUUUCAGCUAUGAGGUCCCAAUACCCACAAGCAGUAGCUUGGAUUGAUAAAAUCCCCUUACAUAAGUGGUCUCAGGCUUAUGAUGGGGGGCGCAGGUACACGCACAUGACAACAAACUUGGCGGAGUGCAUGAACUCUGUGCUAAAGGGGGCUCGCUCAUUACCUAUCUGUGCACUUUUGAAAAUUACAUUUCAAAACAUAAAUGCCUGGUUUGUUGAACGCGGCUUAAAGGCAGACUCUAUGUUAAGAGCUGGACAUCAAUAUCCAGAAGAUGUCACAACCUUGCUCCAACAAAAUCAACAGAAAUCUGCAUAUUGUCAUGUUCAACGCUACGAUCGAGAUAAUUCAGAAUUCGAGCUAGUCGAUUACCCUGUCAACACGUCAUAG